AUGGACCCACAGGCUUUUUACGGCAAAAGAAAUAAAAUAGAGAUGCGUCCUCGACGAACAAUCGUCGUAAUUCCAGAGAGCAGCGAGGAUGAAAAUGUAUCAGAUGAUGAGACUUACAGUACUCAAGAUCCUUUACAUAUAAAUGAAGAAAAAGAAAAGUCUUCCUCGGACGGGGAAGAUGAAGAAGAAGAUGAAGAGGGAAAAGAGGAACUGGACCAGCUAUUUCCUGAGUGCACUGAAGAGCAUAUGGAGACGUUAGAAAAUUUUACAGACAAUCAACCUUCUACUUCACAGGCAGCUUCUUCAAGUAAGAAAGAAAAGAAAGAUAAGUUGGUGUGGUCGGAUGACAAUCUUCAGUAUGAUGAAUCCAAUAUUGCUUUUUUGGGAUCUGAAAAUCUUCCAGAUGAAAUAAUGCAGCUAAAUACUCCAAUGGAGUUUUUCAAAUUUCUUUUUCCGUCAUCUGCUGUAAAUUUAAUUGAGGAAGAAAGCAACGUAUACGCAGCAUUUUUCCCCGAAAACUUGAAUUCAGUGACACAUAAAGACAUUUAUAAAUUUAUUGGUAUUAUUAUCUACAUGUCGGUAAUACACCUGCCAACUACUCGUCAUUACUGGAAGGAGGGCACAUAUGUUGAAAAAGUUGCAAAUGUUAUGACGUGCAAUAAAUUCGAAGAGAUUAAAAGAUUUCUGCAUUUUUUCGACAAAACAAAAGAACUAAAACCAUAUGACCCGCAGUUUGAUAGACUUCAGAAAAUACGCCCACUUAUGAAAAUCCUACGCGAAAGACUGCUAAAAGUGCCGAAAGAGGAAUUUUUGUCCAUUGACGAACAGAUGAUCCCUACUAAGGCCCGAACUUCAGGAAUCAGACAGUACAAUGCAAAGAAACCCCAUAAGUGGGGUUAUUUGAAUUACGUAUUAAGCGGAGUCAGUGGAUUUAGUUACGACUUUGAAUUAUUCGGAGGAAAAUACCCAGCACCGCCUGAAAACUGUCCCGAUCUUGGAGUGCCAGGAAAUGUGGUUCAAAGACUAUUGAAGACUGUCUCGGACAAUUUGAAUCAUAAGAUUUUUGUCGAUAACUGGUACACAAGUUUGCAGCUAAUGGCAAACUUGCACAAAAAAAGGUAUUCUGCCAUUAGGCACAGUACAACUGAGAAGAGCUCCAAAUAUUAA